UUACAGGCGUGCAAAUCCUGGUAAAAUUACCAGGAUUUACUCUUGUAGUUAUAUUUAAUGCAUACAAUCUGCGAUGUACUCUUUUCUGUCCCCCGCCUAGACUAAAGAGUUUGUCUCAUUUGGCUUCCUCAAAAAUAACCCCCACGCCACUGUCCAUCAUAACAAAUCACCAUAGCGGACAUGAGACUCAGAGAAAGCACCACCCUCCUUUGUUCUGUUUGAUGGAAAUGUUCUCCGGAGGACUUCUCCUGAUUUUAGUGAUGACGUCAUCUGCUGACCAGGAAGUCACGCAGAACCUGAUCUCCACUGUGGGGGGAGAGGUCACCAUACCUGUGCCUGUCAAGAGUCGUGGAUUUGUUUUGAAACAAGGACGUUUUAUCGCUAGUGUGAAAGAUAGUGUGUUUGAGAUAGAAAAUGAUGAUUUCCUGAACAGAUUUUCCUGGGACCGAGACUCUGGGCUGUUCAGUAUAAGAAGACUGCAGAGAAAGGAUUCAGGGGAUUAUUCUGUUGACGUUAACGAGACUGCUGUAUCAUUCAAGCUGAGUGUUUAUGACGCCGUCCUGGAGCCUGGUGUCACCGUAACGUCUGUGAGCAGCGAGCGCUGCACCCUGCUGUGUGCUGUGGACCAACUGAGUGGAGGGACUCUCUCCUGGUAUCAAGGAGAGGUCCUGGUGAACCAGAGCAGCACCCAGCGCUCUCUCCCUCUGACCGUGGACAGGCUAGCUCUCCGGUCCUCCUACCGCUGUGUGUCUGCCAACCCUGCUGGUAACCUCACCCGGUCAGUCGACGCUAAGACGUCCUGCACAGUACAGCAGCGCACUGGUGAUGAAGAUGAAGAGGAGUCUAACAGGCUGUUCCGGAUUCUGAUUCCCAUCUUCCCUGUUGCGGCCGUCAUAUCCGUUUGUGUCAUCGUAUUCUUUGUUGUGAAGAGGAGGAAGAGAGCCAAACAUCGCCAAGCUUCAAUCCUAUCGGCCCUAGACGCAACACCAAAGGAGGAGGCUGUUCAAGAAAACACUUUGUACGAUCUGCUGCAGGCUCCCCGCAUCGUUGAUCCGACCGCUGCAGAGCGCACCUGAAGCUCACGAGCUUCAAUCCAGUGGGAGCGUGGCGUUACAGCUCAUGUAGUUACUCUGUGGGCGCAUAUGAACACUCUAGUCAAUAUCACUACUGCCCGUCAUUAUUACACCACGCCUCCAAACCAUAAUCUUAUGUGCUUGUAUGUGUUGAUAUUUGUGUCUAUGUGUGUUUUUCUGUUCACUAUAGAAGGAGCUUAACAAGGCCGCUACAACACGCCCCUCAGAUGCAACCCGCUGCAGGUUCAUCGCAUCGCUGCCCCGACCGCCACAGAGCGCGCUUGAAGCAAACAAGAACCAAAAGGACUUAUACGGCUCAUGUUGUAUCUUAAUUUAUGUUGUUUUUUUAUCGAAAGUUUUUAUUAUUAUUAUUAUUUUUAUUAGUAAUUUUUUAUUAUGCGCUUUGUUAAAGAAAUGCAUUUGUUCAUGGAGUCAGAGUUCUUUGGAAGAAAGGAGAAACGCUUUUUAGGUCAUACUGUAUUUCCUCCAUAAAGGGGGUCUCCCACGGUUGGAAGGUUCUCAUCCGUUAUCGCCAUCCGUUAUCGCCAUUGUUUGCGCUGGCACACAAAAGAUUGUCCUAUCGCUGAGUAUAGAAACGUCUGGUUAGAGCUGUAUCAUUAACACCACCAUUAACAUCUUGUGAGUUUGGGCCUUUUAGGGCCUUUUGGCUCUUUAUUAAUAAACAUCCUCCAAUAAUCUUGGUUGGAAGGUAAAUUAUCAAUCACAUCAAUGACCUAUACUCACCAAACCAUUAUUUUCCGUCUGGGAGACAUUAAGGGACUCUCUUUUCAUUAUAUUUUACCUUUAAUUAACCAGGCAGAUCAUUAAGAACAAGUUCUUAUUUACAGUGAUGGCCUGACAACAAACACAAGCUUCUUGGGGGGGAAGGGAAAAGGGGAAGUGAGAAAGAAUGGGUUAGAGAGGCAGCAGCACACAAACACAGCUGUACAGACGUACAACAAUGCAGCAACAGGGACCUGCAGGGUUAACAUACAGCUACGUAGACAUACAACAAGCACAAGCAAAGAACAGGAUUACAUAAACAAGGCAAAACAGCAAGAAUAAACUUAUAACAAAAUAACAAUUGUGAAAAAACAUUUAAAAACUUUAACAUUUAACUGUACUUGUUCAAUGGGGACGAGAGGACCAACAGAAAUAUUGACAUUAUAAGACAGUCGAAAAUUAUAUAAUACACAUGACACAUAAGCAAUGUACACCCACAAUGUACAGUUCACAUAGUUCAUGUUAGUGUUUUGUAGUUCAUUCCACGACUGAGGAGCACAAAAGCUGAACGAUUCAGACACCGAGUGGACCUGCAGAAACAAGCAGCGUACCGUUUUGGUAACCUUUAAGUUGGUAUCCUGCAUAACAUCCUGGUAACGUGAUCAUGCAAGGCUCCAGGCUAAUAAUUAUCUGAGGGUUAGGCUGGUCCAACGCUUUCUUAUUUUAAGGAUGGGGCGACUGUGCCACCAGGUGGCCAAAAAAGCAAUAAUACAGCAUUAGUUUUCACUUGGCUUUGCAGAAGAGGAAAGACUAUAUAAAAUAAAGAGGACUACUAUUUUUUACUAUAUUAGAUCAGUUAACACAUUACAAAUAACAACCGUUUCGCAAACUCACACCAAAGACUAGAUGAAACCGAAAAUAUUUUAUUACAUUUGAACGUUAAGAUUACAUGCUAGUACUGGUGUAACGGCUGGGUGACUUGCAGGGGAAAUAGGACUCAAAAGCACCACUCGGUAACAGAUGCCUGUUUAGAAAGGGUUUGGUAUUACAGUGCUAUACUGGUUUGGAGUCACUUGGUCACAUGGCAUAGAAGCUAUUGAGAUUAUGCACGAUAAUUUCUGCUACUUAAUAGGAAAAAAUAGAGGAAGCAGUAAAAUAGCUGAACGCGUAUUUAAAAGACAAUGCCGCUCUGAGAUCAAACCAUGGUAACUGUUUCUCCUGGAUCACUGAAACAUCGUUACCAACAUCAUUCUACAACAUCACGCUCCUUGUGCCGAUUCUGCCGAAGAGCAUUUAGUGGACUUCAGUCUGCAGCGAAUGAUGGCAAUAAAGCACUUAAGUCUUUGUGAUAAGAGUACUAGUAUGGGGAUUGACUGUACUGUUAGGGUGAUUCCAUGGGUGGAUUACUGCACGGGCACACCGGGCACA